CUCGGCGGCCGCUCCCGGUGGUGGCUGCGCUGCCUGCCCGCCUGCCUGCCCGCCUGCCUGCCUGCCGCCCGUGCCUCCGGGGCUGCCUGGCGAGGCGAGAGGCCCCUCCCGCAGCGCCGGCCUCGGCCGGCUGGCGGAAAGCAGCGGCCUGCCUGGGUGCCGGGCCUGCGGCUCCCUGCUCCCCUGGCCUGCCCCCUGCACCGCACCGCGCCUGGCGAGGAGGUGCCCGGCCCUGCCCGCGGGCCUGCGAUUGAGGGGGCCUCGUGGCCGGGCAUGCAUGCCCUCUGAGGCCGUGGGGCAGGCACGGGCUUCUUGAGCAGAACGACUUAUCCCUGAGGGAGCGGGAGGGGAGCCCUGCACAAGAGUAGGCUGUGCUGCGCUGUUCAGGGGGAAAAUAUGGUAAGCUACAAACUGUUUCUAACAGAAGAAAGAAAACUCUUAACUACUCACAAACACUUCUUGUCAGAAUGAAAUUCCUACAGCUGCUCUCCAGAAAACCUGGGAAACUGCUUCAAGUACCUUUUGGCCAAAAGCAAUUGCCAUAUUUGUGUCUGGCUACCUCUGCUUGUUUUUACAGCAAGAAGAAAAAAGUAAACAGUUAUGAAGAAGUUGACCAAGAAAAAUACAAGAACUUGGUCUACUCUGUUACAUCUUACAAAACCAGCGCCCAAACACCAGAGACAAUAUUUGAAGAAGACAAUUUGCUAUAUGGGCCACCAAGUAAACAGAGAUGUCCUGUGAAAGCUGAAACAGAAACUCCCAGGAACUGGGUUCCUUUAAUAAACCCCAACAAGAGAAUCCCCCUUCUCAACAGUGAUUCAGCCUUCCCCAUGAAAAUCUCUUUACAAAAAACGAAAAUGCCCAGUGUUACCCGUAUUCUUCAACAGACUAUUUCUCCACAGCAAGCUUUUUAUCUAGAAAGAUGGAAGCAGAAAAUGAUACUGGAACUUGGAAAAGAUGGUUUUGCAGAGUAUACUAAAAAUCUUUUCCUCCAAGGAGAGCUCUUUCAUGCAGCCUUGGAAUCUAUAUUCCUGUCUGAAGAGACAGCAAGUAAGGAGCAGAAAGAUGUUGCUACUGUUUCCGGCUACUUAUCAAGUGUGGAACAUGUCUUAAAAGAUGUCAGCGAGGUGAAAGUUCUGGAAAGUGCUGUUCAGCAUGAGAAUCUGCAGUACCUGGGCCUGGUAGACUGCGUGGCUAAGUAUCGGGGCCAAUUGUGUGUGAUUGACUGGAAAACUUCAGAGAAAUCAAAGCCAUUUCUGAAGAAUACUUUUGACAACCCAUUACAGGUUGCAGCAUAUAUUGGAGCCAUAAAUCAUGAUGCCAAUUAUGACUUCCAGGUUAGCUGUGGACUCAUUGUGAUUGCCUAUAAGAACGGCUCCCCUGCGCAUCCGCAUUUCAUGGAUCCUGAUCUGUGCUUGCACUACUGGAAUAAGUGGCUUUUGCGCCUUGAAGAGUACAAGGACAGAAACCAACACUAACUAAGCUAUGCAGAGGCAAGUGGUCUGAGCACAAAGCCAAAGCAAAGAUCUUCCUGUUCAAUUACAUACUCAUUUUUUAGUCACUUUGGCUAAAUUCUUAAUAACCUGUUUUCUCCCCCCCUAAAAAAAAAAAAAAAAAAAAUGGAAUGGGCAAUGUGUGUUUGCUUACACUGUAGGUGAUUUAAGUGGAUCUGGCAGGACAGAGCUGACUUAAUCUGUUUUUUCCCACACUGUUUAUACAGUCUAAGGUUGAUAGUCAAGUAAAACUGUUACAUCAAAUCAUCCUCCUCUUUUAUUUUUGAGAGAAAGACUGUUACAGAACUGAGGCUUUGAAAAUUAAGUUGAUGAACUGAAGCAAAACAACAUCUGCGUUGUCUGAGCCGAGAGAAAUGCAAAUGAUAAACAAAUUAAUGUAUUACACUGGGUUUCAGGCAGCUUAGUGCUUGCUCAUCUCAAAGGUAUCUAUUAACAGCCUUGUUACUAUUUGUGGUUUUUCUUACAGCAACAACUGGAAAAACUGUGCUGAGAAUUAUAACCAAAGUUCUCACAAGCAGCUUAUUUAAAAUACAAAGGCAAAAUCAUCAUUAACACAGAAGGGGCUUAGAAGAGGAGCAGGAUUGUAACUGACACUUAGGAACUUUUGCUACUUCUAGUGGCUCCUCCUGCAGGUUUCUUAACAGGCUGCAUGGCCCAUGUGGAAAACCUGUGGAAGUGUAAACUGGCUUUGUACCUUAGGUUGUGAGGCUCUGUGCAGGCCAAGUCUGCAACAGUCGUGAGCUCUCCUGGCUUUGCUGUCUGAGCAGACAAGGAGCCUACCCAUGUGGAAUGAUCUCCAGUGUCAAGUUACAGCAUUUGCUAGUGUGAGUAAGUUUCUUCAUGAAAGCAGACGUAAGACUUUGAAGCCAGGCCUUCUAAGGAAUGAAGAACUGCUGGCUGUUGGUUUGUUUGGGCUUUUUUUUAAGAGAGGGGUGUUCAAAUAAGUUUGUGUAUAGAAGUUCUAAAACAGAAGUUACUUUUGAAGCUUGUUUCAUUAAUCAAGUCUAUAGGCACAGAAUAAGCCUUGAUGAUGUAGGGUGGUGUUGUUUUUUGUGUUGCACAUCUGAAAAGCUUUUUUUCCUUAUUCUCUUUGUUUUAUCUGAAUUGUAUAUAAGAGUUUUCAUAAUACCACUGCAGAUUAUGAAUAAAAAUACAACUAAUCCAUAA